AAAGGCAUAAAUAGAGGUUUUUGAUCUUCAAUAACCAAAAAAACAAAAAAACAAAAAGAAGAGGGAGAGAAAGAGGGGAAGGAGCUAGAAGCCAUGGGCGGAGGCAAUGGCCAGAAGGCAAAGAUGGCUAGAGAGAGAAACAUGGAGAAGCUCAAAGGCCAGAAAGGAAGUCAGCUUGAAACCAACAAGAAGGCUAUGACCAUCCAGUGCAAGGUUUGUAUGCAAACUUUCAUUUGCACUACUUCGGAGGUGAAAUGCAGGGAACACGCUGAGGCAAAGCACCCGAAGGCUGAUGUCUACACUUGUUUCCCCCACCUAAAGAAGUGACGAGGGGCCAUCGGUGAAACUGGUUUCAGCUAUAUUUCAAGUCUGUCAAUGUUUUAGAAGCUGUUUCAGCAUUGUUGCUGAGAUAAUUUCCUAAAUUUUUUGAUGGUUUAAGUGUAUUGAGACUCAGUGAAAUAUGUUCAUAUUAUCUCAAUCUAUAUUAUUAUUCUCUGCCUUA